UCGUCUUUUUCAUUAUAUUUCACGUCAUAUGGUCUAAUUUCAACGACUGGCUGGUUACUUUCUCUUUCGGUUGCUACAGAGAUGGAGGUGGUGUGUUUCCGUUUGCCGGGACACGGCGACAGUGCCCUGAAAAACAUGAAUUCCCUCCGCACACGCCAGCACUUCUGUGACAUCACCAUCGUCGCCAGUGGAAAGCAGACGUUUCGAGGGCACAAGGUGGUGCUGGCUGCAUGCUCACCUUUCUUGAGGGACCAGUUUUUGCUAAAUCCUUCCCCUGAGCUGCAGGUGUCAGGGUUGCACAGCUCGACGGUGGUAUGUGAGCUCCUUCAGUCGUGUUACACAGGGCUACUGCAGUUCAGCUCCAAAGAGAUCGUGAACUAUCUGACUGCUGCCAGCUACCUCCAGAUGGAGCAUGUGGUUGAGAAAUGCAGAGGAGCUCUGAGCCAAUACUUACAACCCAGGAACCCCAGUUCUCUAGAGACUGUAAAGACAGAGGACUCCCACGCCAUGCCUGUGAUAGUAAGUGGCAGUGCCUAUUCUCUGCAUUCUAUGUCGCCCCCUGCUGACCAGUCACCCUCACUGCAGCCUCACUGCCCGGGAGAGGAGUCCCACCCUGCUGGGGAUAAUCACACAGACGUACAGCACAGAGACACUGACGAUGUUUCAGAGCGACGGGUGAGAGCAUCUGAUCCCUCCGGGAGUUUUCAGACGGAGGAAAGGAACGAUUAUGAGGUCUAUCAGGUGUGCGUCGGAGAUGAUGACCAAAACCAAGAGGAAAAACACAACAUUGCAGGAGAGGAGGAGGCCGUGGUGGUGUUAGAUGACCACUGCCAGGAGACGGACACGGGAGAGCAGGGGCAGGGCAUAGACCAAGGAAGCUCGUCCAUGGACGCUGCCCAGCGACACGGAGCAGAGAGGGAGGGGCUCCGUACGUGGAGACGCCGCUUGGUCGAGCCCAGAGGGGGUAGAGGGAGGGGCUUCAAAUACAGAAAACGCGGCUUGUUACGCGAGAGGAGGCAGCUGAACAUGGGCUACCAGGAGGCUUGGCGCUUUCCGACGGCGGGGGAGAUGAUGGGUAACUUUGGGGUGGACUUUGGUGCCGGCUACCUGUCCGGCCAGUCACACACAGACAGCUCCCUCCAAGAGGAGGGCAGACCCGGGGAGAGCCAAGGGGAAGGGGAGCCCGUUCCUGAGGAGGCUCAAGCUCACUUCAGCCUGGACGCUUCCAGCGGCGAAGAUGGGGUGAGGAUGAUGGCGGUGCCGGCCGGAGAAGAGGAGGGCGGGGGGGACGAUUCGGUGGCGGUGGUCGGCUCCACCUCCUGCGCCACGGGCUCCGUGGCGUGCGAACACUGCGGCCUGGCGUUUUCCUCCGCCCAGGCCUUGGCGUUACACUCGCGCGCCACUCACCUGCUCUACGUGUGCCCGUGCUGCGGCAAGCACUUCAGCCACGCCAGCAACCUCAACCGCCACAUGAGCGUCCACCGCGGCGCCAAAGCCCACCGCUGCCCGCUGUGCCACAAGACCUUCACGCAGAAAUCGACGCUGUGCGACCACAUGAACCUGCACAGCGGAGAGAGGCCGCACAGGUGCUCCUACUGCCACGUACGCUUCGCGCACAAACCCGCUCUGCGCCGCCACCUGAAGGAGCAACACGGGAAGACAACAGCACAGAACUGCCUGGAGGCGCUGAAAGAGAGCGAGGCGUCCGCCGGAGGGGGCGGACUGUGAAAACACGGGGUCGCGUUAUUGUAUUGGCUGGUACUGAUGAACAGCUGGAUGAAGACUUUAUAAUAUAUCCGUGCCUCUUUGCAGAUUGUGUGGUCAUGUAAACAGGACGUUAUGAAGACUGCAGUGAAAAAGGGCCAAACAAUGGACAUGGUCUUGAUCAGGGCUAUGACGGUGUGUGGAGCGCCUCAUUUGUGUGGGGGAAAUCCCAUUGGCUGAUAAAUAAAUCAGUUAAUGACAAUGACAGUGUGUAGAAACUUCAUUCAUCAGCUGUUUGAGCUUAUUUUGACAGUAGCCUAAAUUGAAAUAGUGCAUCAUGUUUGGCUGUACAAUCUGGAGAGACUUUGCGAAUGGUAAGAAAUAGAGGUGUAAUGGUUUCGUACCGGAACCUAAAACCGCGGUUUGACG